AUCCUAAAGAUUCAAUUUAUUGUAAUGUUUAUUGUUCACCCGUAUUUGAAAAAGGUGAUUUAUUCCCUAAAGGUCAUUUGAAAUUGGGCAACCAUGCGGAUGUAAACAAACUAGCUACCAGAUAG